AUGUUUCAAUAUUGUGACCGUCUGAACAAGUAUUUGAAACUUUUAUCAUUUCUAGUUCUAUUAUUAAUAAUUAAUAAAGUGAUAAACCUGGAAAAGGCGGUACAUAUUCAGAUACACAAAAAGGAAGAUAUCCUUGGGUUAAGAUACGAGUCGACAAAGCGUUCAUCCCAGACGGUCAGGAAGAAGGAAAAAACCACAAUAAAGAGAAAAACAUUUAUAGAAAACUGUCCCAGUUACAAUUAUAAAACGGAAGAACUUCCGCCGUGUCCGGACAAAAUGAGAAGACGAUUUCCAAACGCUUUAAUAGCAGGCGUAUCAAAAGGAGGGACAACAACUUUAUUGCGAUUCUUGAAUGCCCACCCUGAAAUAGCGGCACGUGACGGAAAGCUGCCUGAAAAUAGAUAUACCGCAUAUUUUGUUCAAAAUGAGAAAACCAGGGAGUGGUACAGAAACUUGAUGCCGUGUAGUAACGCAGACCAAAUCACUGUGGAGAGAUCGCCAGCAUACUUUAAUUGCAACAAGUGCCCUCAAACAAUUUCUGAAUUCAAUUCAAAUAUGAAACUUAUUUUCAUUUUCAGGGAACCAAUCAACCGUACUUUUUCCCAAUAUCAGAUGGCAAAAAGAACAUUUAAAGACAGGAACAAAACGUUUGAGGAAUCGGUACUUUCGACAAAUUUAACACAAGUUAAAAACAACUCUUUCUACAUUUUUGUUUCUCGAUACCAAGAACAUGUUAAGAGGUGGUUAAAUAUGUUUUCACUCGAUCAAAUGCUGUUUUUGGAUGGUCUCACUUUCGUUUCUUCUCCAUCAGACGCUUUGAAUAGCGUUGAGGACUUUCUAGGUAUUGAACGCUUUUUCACAAAAGACAUGUUUACAAGGGGACGAAACGGAAAAUUUUGUUUAAGCAUGGACGACGUGGACCUUAAAUGUCCACCAUCCACUAAGGGAUUAUUACACCAAAGUAUGAAAAAUUCCACACGGAGAACACUUGAAGCAUAUUUUAAACCAUUAAACACAGAAUUCUUUCAACUGAUCAACAAGCGUUUUGAGUGGGGAUAUUAAAGCAAGGUUGUGAUGUGGAUUUUCGGCAGCGAAUGAAAAACAUAAAAAACAACAUACAAAUGUAUUGAUUCUUGUUGAGGAUAGUUUGUGUUCAAUAUUACAAGAAAGUCUUUUGACAACUAAAAUCGAUAUACGUUAAUGUGUACAAAAUGUAUUUUCCUUUGAGCCAAUAAGGUAACUAUGGUCCCUCCCGCUGCAGAAUAACAGUGACUUUUGGAUAACGCGAAAGGUCCAACCCUACAGGAACAGUCAGCUAGUGGAAUAUAGUGAAUGCCAACGUACUUCGAUCGGCCCGCCAAUGCUGUACCAAAACAAAGUCAUGGCACCGGAAUAAAACGGGAGAUAGUGCGAAGUUACAAAUGAUUGGACUGUAUGUGAAACCAGUACAAUAUAAUUUCACUGUACAAUAUAUACAUGUACAUACAGGUUGACAAUUAUUUAAUAACAUUCUGGGUAUUGAUUGAUAUGAGAAACGUAGAUCUAUUUAAUAAACUAGAACUGCCACUAUCAUGGCGUGAAUACCCCGCAUACCACUUUGUCAGAAUCAACAGUGGCCAUUUAGAGCUCAAGGACAACCUCCCUGCCAAAUCUGAGGUUACUAUAAGCCAGUGCAUUGCUAAGUUAUGU